CUCUGGUCAUCCCCUGUACCGUGUCCGCAGUCUCUGGUCAUCCCCUGUACCGUGUCCGCAGUCUCUGGUCAUCCCCUGUACCGUGUCCGCAGUCUCUGGUCAUCUCCUGUACCGUGUCCGCAGUCUCUGGUCAUCUCCUGUACCGUGUCCGCAGUCUCUGGUCAUCCCCCUGUACCGUGUCCGCAGUCUCUGGUCAUCCCCUGUACCGUGUCCGCAGUCUCUGGUCAUCCCCUGUACCGUGUCCGCAGUCUCUGGUCAUCCCCUGUACCGUUCCGCAGUCUCUGGUCAUCCCCUGUACCGUGUCCGCAGUCUCUGUUUCCUGUCCGCAGUACUGGUCAUUCCCUGUACCUGCAGUCCGCAUUGGUCCAGAAUUUUUUUUCCGCAGUCUUGGUCAUUUCCUGU